GCUUUUCACGAUACUGGCUACAUGAGUUACUUACCGGCAGUGGUGUGUACGUGGACCCUCGAAAGGAAAGAGUUAAGAGUCCCGAAUUACUUGCUCGACUAGAAGCAAUCCUUGCCGAACAAGCGAACAAAGAGUAUGCCCGUAUGAUCGGACGUGUCGCCUCCUCUUAUGAUGUUGAAACGUUCAAGCUUCUUGACACCGAGGAGUUCCAAAGUUUCCGAGGUCAGCUCACCGCAAUAAUCAACAUCACGUUCACCGUGGUCGCCGUGUUCGCGGCCGUAUAUCACGUCGCUCAGAACAUUACUGGUGAUACAGGAAUGCGCGUGUUGCUCGCACUUGCUGGAAGCACCAUCAUUGGCAUCGCCGAGACAUUCUUGUACAUGCGGUACCUAACCGGCUUUGAUAAGCAAGAGCAAAAGGAACGUAAAACGUCACGUCGAAAAUCACAGCCCAACUUUCGCAAUAAA